AUGUUAGUAGAGACAUGGUUGGAAAAGGACAAGUGGACUAAUGUAGAAAGAGACUGGAAUGCAAGAACUAGGAAAGAAGGAGGUUGGAUUAAUGAAAGUGAUAGUGAGAGUGAUAGUGACGACAAGGACGUAAGGUUAAGAAAGUCCAAAGACGAAAAGAUCAAUGAGGAAGACUGGGAGCGAAAGGGAAAAGAGAUUGAAGAAAGAUGGAGUGAAUUGAAAGAAAAAAUAGAUAGGGCAGUACCUAAGGUGGAAAAACAGUGUAGAGUGUGGAAGAUGGUUGAUCAAAAAUGGCACGAUAAAGAAUGGAAGGAGAAGAUGAAGGAUUCAAGAAGAAUAAUGAAAAGGUGGAGGAAAAAGAAAAUAGAAAGAAGUUAUUACAUAGAUGAAAAAAGAGAGUAUAGGAACUGGUGUGAGGCAAAAAGGAAAAGGAGAGAAAUAUCUAAAAAGUUCACAGUAGAAGAGUGGAGAAGGUACUUUAUGGAAAAAUUAGAAGGGAAGAAUGAAGAAGGAAUUGUGAGGGAAGAGACAAGAAAGGAUGAGGCAAGAACAAAUGCAGUGGAUCAGGAAGAAAUGAACAAGGAAGAGUUCGAGAGGCAGAUAGCCAGAUUAAAAGUAGGAAAAGCACCAGGAGAAGACAAGUUGGAAAAUGAAGUGUGGAAGUACAUGCCGGGAGAAGUGGAUGCAGCUCUGUAG